UAAAUGGCCGGAGAAAUGCUCUCGCCUACACCUCAGGAGUCAAAACGCAACCGUUUAAAACCGCAUAUCAUGGUGUUUCCAUAUCCAGCACAAGGCCACUUGCUUCCUAUUCUGGAUUUAACCCAUCAACUCUGUCUUCAUGGCAACGUCACUGUCUCAAUCAUCGUCACACCUAAAAACCUUCCUCACCUCUCCCCUCUUCUCUCCGCUCAUCCAUCCGCCGUCUCCGCCGUCACUCUACCUCUCCCUCACAGCCCUUCCGGCGUUGAGAACGUCAAAGACCUUGGCUGUACUCCUUAUAUCAUGGCUUCUCUUCGACAGCUCCGAGAGCCUAUCAUCAAAUGGCUAAGUUCUCAUCAGAAUCCUCCCGUUGCUCUCAUCUCUGACUUCUUCCUCGGAUGGACCAACGAUCUCGGUGUUCCUCGCUUUGCCUUCUUCAGUUCUGGAGCGUUCUUUGCUUCACUUGUACAUUAUGUCUCCGACAAGCGUCAUCUCUAUGACCAAACUGAGCCUGUCUGCAUCUCGGAUCUUCCUCGCUCCCCUGUUUUCAAAACAGAGCAUUUGCCUUUAACCCCGCAGUCUCCCUUGUCGCGAGAUGUUAAUAUCGUUAGAGACAUGACCAUGAACUUCUCUAGCCAUGGUUGUAUUUUCAAUUCUUGCAACUGUCUGGAAGAGGAGUACAUGGAGUAUUUGAAGCUGAAAGUGGGUCAUAACCGGGUUUUUGGUGUUGGUCCGGUUUCUUCUGUCGGUUUAGGCAAGGGAAAAUCAGAACUCAAUGUAGACGUGAAGGCCUUGUUUAGUUGGCUUGACGGAUGUCCAGAUGGAUCCGUGCUAUACAUAUGUUUCGGUAGUCAAAAAGUGUUGACUAAAGGGCAGUGUGAUGCUUUGGCUCUUGGUCUUGAAAAGAGUCUGACCCGGUUUUUUUGGGUGGCUAAGACAGACCCGAUACCCGAUGGGUUUGAGGAUCGGGUCGCUGGUCGGGGAAUGAUUGUUAGAGGGUGGGCUCCUCAGGUGGCUGUGUUGAGUCACGUGGCCGUUGGUGGGUUUUUAAGCCAUUGUGGAUGGAACUCGGUGCUGGAAGCGGUAGCUAGUGGAACGAUGAUCUUGGCUUGGCCUAUGGAAGCAGACCAAUUUGUGGAUGCCAAGUUGCUGGUGGAGUAUACAGGUGUAGCUGUUAGUGUCUGUGAAGGGGGUAAGACUGUGCCGAACCCACACGAGUUAGGUCGGGUCAUAGCUGAAACUAUGGGUGAGCAAGGACGCGAGCUACGUGUUCGGGCCAAGGAGAUGGGAAAGAAGGCACUUGCUGCGACAGAAGUAAGAGGAAGCUCUACUAUUGAUUUGGAAAGACUUGUUAAAGAACUGGGCUCUCUAUAAAGAUAUGAUUGCAAUGACUA